CGUGCGCGGGAGGUCGCUAUAACAUUAUCAGACAAACCCAACGGGAGAUAUUAAGAGCACGCAAUCACCACGAGGUUGUGUUGACAAUAUUCGUAUUCAGUGAUGUAAACAAUUUAAAUCACCUGUUAACUAAUCACGCUUAUCGCUUCGGGCCGCGGUCUGAGCGGAGUCAGUUGCCGGCAGCGAUCGAGUGUGGUGACACGGUUUAGUGAGAAAUGCCAGCGCUUGGCUACGAAAUGACGACGUCAUAUGAAAUGUGUUCGACGCGGUACGUGGUGAAUGAGGAGUACAUGAUGCCUCAGUUGUGGGACAAGCAAGUUCCGAGUCCUUACUCCACAUACAUGUAUAGGGGUGUACCGGAAAGCCAGCCUCGCGUCGAAGCUGCUAUGUUUUACAGUACAUAUAGUGACAUGCAACUUGAGACCAGCAGUAGUGAGGCGAGUGGUACGAGCAGUACAUCGCUUUCCCAGCACUGUGCUAUCUGUGGCGAUCGGGCCACUGGCAAACACUACGGGGCGUCCUCCUGCGACGGCUGCAAGGGCUUCUUCAGACGAAGCGUUAGAAAGAAUCAUUUAUAUACUUGCCGAUUUAGCCGAAACUGUGUCGUGGACAAGGACAAGAGGAAUCAGUGCAGAUAUUGCCGUUUAAGGAAGUGCUUCAAAGCCGGAAUGAAAAAAGAAGCGGUUCAGAACGAAAGAGACAGAAUCAACUGCAGAAGGCCGUCAUACGAGGAGCCGACACAGGCGAACGGACUGUCUGUCACCUCGCUACUCAAUGCAGAAUUGCUUAGCAGAAAAGUUACUGAUGAGACACAUAAUACAACAGAUGCAGAGAUCAGUAACCGCAACUUGGCGAAGAUUAACGAUGUGUGUGAUUCAAUCAAACAACAACUUUUGAUUCUGGUUGAAUGGGCUAAAUAUAUUCCCGCCUUUACAGAGUUACAUAUCGAUGACCAGGUUGCAUUGCUGAGGGCACACGCGGGCGAACAUCUUUUGCUGGGUUGUGCGAGGCGGUCCAUACACCUUAAAGAUGUCCUGCUCUUGGGAAACAAUUGCAUUAUCACCAAACACAAUAUAGAUGGCCGGAUGGAUGUGGACAUCAGUAUGAUCGGAAUGAGAGUGAUGGAUGAGAUUGUGACGCCCCUUCGAGAGAUUGACAUCGACGACACGGAGUUCGCUUGCCUCAAAGCUAUCGUCUUUUUUGAUCCCAACGCCAAAGGCCUCUCCCAACCGCAGAAAAUAAAGCAGCUGAGGUAUCAGAUCCAGAUAAAUCUCGAGGAUUACAUAAGUGACAGGCAGUACGAGGGGCGUGGUCGUUUCGGCGAACUCCUCCUUUGUCUUCCUCCCCUCCAGAGCAUCACCUGGCAGAUGAUUGAGCAGAUACAAUUCGCCAAACUGUUUGGUGUGGCUCACGUUGAUAGCUUGUUACAGGAAAUGUUGUUAGGAGGUACAUCAACAGAGGGCGCGGUGGCGGGGCAAGGCGAUGCCGCUUCCCCCCUUUCUUCAGCUGCGUCUCCCGCCCUCGUGCCUCAAAUUCCUAUAGCAGAACCCUUCAUGGACGCAGCCUUCAAACAAGAACCCACCCUGUAGAUGUAAAAGGCUUGGAUAUAAAAUAUGACAAACUAAACAUUUUUUCAAGAGUUAACCAAGAAAUGAAUGCAAACAAUAUUUUUUACCAAGUAUUGUCAGCAAUCGCAAGAUCUCGAAAAACAUUUUAUAUCCAUUUGUUAUUAUGUUUCCAGUAUGUGUUUACAAAAUUUUAUAUUUGUAUACAAAAUCUCAAAUUGGCGGUGCCUUUAGCUAUUUACAUUCUGACACCAAAGUAAACUACUAAAUGUUAUUUUGUGAAGAUCUCUUUCAUAACUUUGGUGCAGCAUUGUAUAUAUCAGAUUUUUAACUUAUACAAUAUAUGUCCAUAUACAUAGGUGCUAUAUAUUUUUAUAUCGUUACAAUAAAUGAGUUGAGCUAAA